UGGACGUCGAGCUUCCCAACAUGUAUGCGCAGUUCCAGGCCAGCUAUCAGCGCGUCGAGGCGAGUCUCCAAAAGCUCACCGACUCGAUUGCGGCAUACAACCCUUCUGUGUCUGCCGCAGACGAGCUCGUGGCCGCAGAUGAAGCUGUGAAGCAGAAUCUGGACGAGUUGGUCAAGCACCAGCAGAACUACCUGCGCCUCCAGGAACUUCGCCAGACGUCCAACUCGCUCGACGAAACGAUCAAAACCACAAUCCGUCUGCUCGCGGACACGCGCAAAGACAUUGCCUCGAUUCCCGCCACCGACAGUUCCGCAGACCGAAGGGACGUCGACAUCCAGGAGCUGCUCACCUACGCCAAAUAUAUCGCGCCUACGACUGUGCCCCCCACUUAUCGCAAAUCACCCAAAGAUGACUCCCAGUCGCAUUCCAACGUUGUAGAAUCUACUGCAGGAUCAGCGGGACACACGACGCAGAUCUCCAAUGGGCUCUCUACACCGCCACCUCAAGCAACAACAACUGCCGAAGACCACAACCCGGCCUUCAUCAAGAGCGAGAACAUCGGUCUCACAACCAUGGAAGAGCGCGACAAAGCAUGGCUCUUGCCAGAUCCUGAUGUCUUCCAGCCAUGGCCCACACAGGACGUCAUGAACAGUGGUGCGCUCGGUGAUAUACAGAGGAUGAUCGAGCGUGGAGAGGAUCCGAGCACGAAACUGAGCAAGCAAGAGCAGGCUGAAGCUGAUUUGAAGAGAGAGGCUGAGGAGGAGGCGAAUCGGCAGAGAAAGGCGGAGGAAGAGAGGAGGGCGAAAGAGAUGUUUGGAGCAGGGACGAUGCAGAGAAGGGGAACUAUUGUGGAGGCGUUCAAUCCGGACGAUUUGUAGAUGUGUUGGGUGGUAUUGCAUGAUUUAUGCGGGCUGCGCUUGUGGAGAUCAGGCUAUGGAUUGACACGGCUUUUGCAUUGGCAGCGCGACUCUGCUACCACACGCCACAAGAACUUGAACUGAGAUCGAGCAUAUUUCCGUUCGAUAGGUACGAUGCCUUUCUUAGCUCAUGAUCAGAGCAACAUCAAUGCACUUCACGGCCCCAAUCUGUCCAACGAAGCAGCAGCCACUCUUAGAAAUAUC